AGUUGUGUCUCUCAGAGAAGAUGAGGAGAACUACCCGCCCUCCUCAUUGCACCCAAGGUGGGUGAGCCACCUCCAUCUUUCUCCUGGGACCUUUCCCAGGUGCAGGGAUGGGUGCCUUUCCAGAAGAUGAUGCCCGGGAGGAACUGACUAGCCCCAGGAUCCUGUCCAGAAGCGCCACGCUCUGCAGAUGAACGUGUCUGACAGGGACCAAGCCCUGGAACCUGACCUUCCACCACCGAUUAACAGCUCCCUCUUUUCCCACUCGAAGGUUUGCUAAAAGCUUUCCUCAUAACUCUGGAAGGCAGGUGGUGCAAGGGACAUUAGCCCCAUCUGACAUAAGAAGAAACUGAGGCACAGAAAUGAAAGAAGCCCCUGCUGGCUGCUGAUCCUCACUGCACCCCGAGUCUGUACUGCUAGCUGGCCUCAGUCAGAUCUGAGCCACCUGCUCCUUCUGCCACACUCCUAGGCAGGCAGGAUGAAUCCCUUUUUGGACACCCUGCAGAGCCUCCGAGAUGCCUUUGGCUCUGGGAAAACCCGCCCAGCAGAGUUCCGAGCUGCCCAGCUGGAGGGGCUGAACCGCUUCCUGAAAGAGAACCGAGAUGCCCUGCUGGCUGCCCUGGCCCAGGAUCUGCACAAGGCUCCCUUUGAGUCUGAGAUCUCCGAAAUCAGCAUCUGUCAGAGUGAAAUCAACCUGGCUCUGAACAACCUGCACAGCUGGAUGAAGGAUGAGCAUGUGUCUAAAAACCUGGCCACCCAACUGGACACAGCCUUUAUCCGGAGGGAACCCUAUGGCGUGGUCCUCAUCAUUUCCCCCUGGAACUACCCUCUGAACCUCGUGCUAGUUCCUCUGGUCGGGGCCAUCGCAGCAGGCAACUGCGUGGUGUUAAAGCCCUCGGAAAUGAGCAAGAGCAUGGAGAAGAUCAUUAGUGAAGUGCUGCCCAGCUACUUGGACAAGAACUGCUUUGCUGUGGUGCUGGGAGGACCCCAGGAGACCACCACCCUCCUGGAGAACAAGUUUGACUACAUCUUCUUCACAGGGAACCCCUCUGUAGGCCGGAUCGUCAUGUCCGCUGCCUCCAAGUACCUGACCCCCAUCACGCUGGAGCUGGGAGGGAAGAACCCCUGUUACGUGGAUGACAACUGUGACCCCCAAAACGUGGCCAACCGUGUGGCCUGGUUCCGUUUCUUCAACGCGGGACAGACGUGCGUGGCCCCAGACUACAUCCUGUGUACCCGGGAGACGCAGGAGAAGCUGCUGCCUGCCCUGCAAAAUGCAGUGACCCAGUUCUAUGGGAAGGAUCCUCAGGGUUCCCCAGACCUGGGCCGCAUCAUCAGUGACAAGCAUUUCCACAGGCUUCGAGGCCUGCUGGGCAAUGGCCGAGCAGCCAUUGGCGGCCAGUCAGACGAGCAGGAACGCUACAUUGCCCCCACGGUGCUGGUGGAUGUGAAGGAGACGGACCCCGUGAUGCAGGAGGAGAUCUUUGGGCCCAUUUUACCCAUCCUGAAUGUGCAGAGCAUCGAUGAGGCCAUUGCUUUCAUCAGGAAGAGAGAGAAGCCCCUGGCCCUAUAUGCCUUCUCCAAGGAUUCCAAGGUGGUGCGCCAGAUGCUGGAGCAGACCAGCAGCGGGGGCUUCUGUGGCAAUGAUGGCUUCAUGCACAUGACGCUGACCACACUGCCUUUCGGAGGAGUAGGAAACAGUGGGAUGGGUAUGUACCAUGGAAAGUUCAGCUUCGAUACGUUCUCGCAUCAGCGCGGCUGCCUCCUGCGGAGCUCGGGCAUGGAGAAGCUUAACUCUCUGCGGUACCCACCCUAUGCCCAGCGUAAUCUGGGGCUGCUGCUGUCCAUGGUGGAGAUCAGCCACAAGGGCCAGUGCACGCUCCUAUGAGCUGGGGGCUGCCCCCUUCUCACAGGCACCAGGACUCUCCUGUCAGAACACUCUCCUGCUGUGCACCCGUCCCGUGGGUCUCAGUGGCAUGGCUGAGAUGAACUUGUAGUGAGGGCUACAAAGGGGCAGGAGAUCCCUUGGACUUGGCCUUCCAGCCCUGCUGGCUGUGAGUCUGUACCUGGGGCAGAGGGGCCCUAGGAUUCCUGGUGCUGCCCAGUUCUAAGUAAAGGCCGUAUGGGAAACCCAAA